AUGAAAAAAAAAGUGUCGUGCCGGGUGCUGUCUGCGGACGGGGAGGCCGACCCAACGGUGCUGGCGAUCAACGCGGCCGCUGCUGCGCUCCAGCGGGCAGGCGUCCCCUGGGACGGCCCUGUUGCGGGUGUGCGCAUUGCACGCACGCAGCGCGGGGCACUUGUCACGAACCCGGACCUGAAGACUCUGGAGGGCGCAGACUGGAACAUGGUGCGAUUGGUUGCGGAGCGCUGGUGA